UUAAGAAAGUAUGGAUGACUUUAAUAAAAGAUAAUUUGGUUCUUUUUUUAUCUGGAUAUUUGAUCCUAGUUUAGUGACUUUGUUUGGAUAAUAAAAAAAAAAAAACUACAAUAGUUGUGAUAUUCUGUGAAAUUUUGUUCGUGAUUUUCUUUAAUUUAAAAUUUUGAACAAUGAAGUUACAUUGUUGUGUAUUGUUGUUAAUGUUAAUUGUUGUAGUUUAUGGUCAAAGGCAGUUAUCUAAUACAGCUGAGAAACAUGGUGCUGUACAAACAAAAUCAAAUUCUAGUCGAGGUAAAACCAGAUUUACACAAACACAAGAAUAUCAAGAGUCAGUAUUAGAUACACGACCAACAAAAUCCAAAACUAAUCACAACCGAUCACCAGCUAAAAGUGAAACUAGAAUAAUAGAAAAUUUCACACCUAAACCACAUACAACAAGUCGGGGCCGAACUCAAGAUAAUCGACGAACUAUAUAUGUCACAACAGUCAAAACACCACCUUCAGUAAAAACACCAGAAAAAAAUUAUGAAGUUGAAGAAAUUUUGGAUGAUAUACCACGAGAAGUAGCAGAACAAUAUCAUUACUCAAGAGCGAGUGCUGAAAGGGCAGCUCAAAAUGAAGCACUUUUAUCAGCACAACGUGUACAUCUACAAUCCCGAAGUCGUAAACAAAAUUAUCAAGAAACGAUAGACAAUGCUUUACAAUCAACCAAGACGGUUGCUGCUACAACAGUCCAACGACAGAGUAAACCAAAAGUGGUAACAAAUGAUAAUCGUAAAGGACGCACAAAUUCAAAAUCACGUAACAAUGUCGUGAUAAAAACAGUUCCAAGAAUUGAUCAAAGCUAUUCCCGUGUGACGGAAGUGAGUCAAACCAUUAAACCUGAUACUGAAACACGUGUCAUAGAAGUAACUGAAAAUGAACCUGAUAUCAGUUAUACUGAAUUCUUAUUAGGAAAUACGAAUAAACCCAAAACAGUACCUAAUAAUAAACGGCCAAGUACGUUCGAUGACUCAAAUUUACACUAUCGUACAGGACGUAAAAUUCAAAGUAUUAUUGAGCCAGUACGAGAAGCAAGAGUUGCUCAACGGUCUAACUCACGACAUAGAUCAGAUGUAACAACACAAUCGACAAAAGAAUCUACAAUGCCCGAUUUGAGAACACCGAAAGGUAGAGGUAAUAAAAAAGCUCGUCUUGAUUUUGAUGAAAGAAAAAGGGCAAAGUCGUUAGAUACUGAAUCAGUAAAUAUUGCAACAAGUCGUGGGCGAGGUCGUUUAUCAAUUACUGAUUUACCACAGUACGUAUCAUACAUGAAACGAGUGGAACCAGUACCACCAAAACCACAGGCUGUCAGUCGCAGAGUUGAUACUGAAAAUGAAACGUUUGACAAUGACUAUGAAGCCACUCAAGAAAUUCAAUCAGGAAGCAUUAUUUUACCGCUAAUGAAUAUGGAACUUCAAAAGACUGAUUUCAGAGGCAACCUUGAAACAGCUGCCAGUCGCAGAACUGAAACAAAAGUACCUGUUGAACCAAUACAACCAGAAGCUACGUAUACAGUACGAUCCAGAAAUAUUCGGUCAACAACUGAAAAACUAAAUGAGCCACGUAAUGAAGUUUCCUCUCGUCGGGGUAGGGGAAGAACUACUUCGUCACGAACCAGCGAUGAAACCAAACAGAAUGUUGCACAAGGAGAUGUCAUACAAUCAAGAGGAUCAUCAACUAGACGCAGUAAUGAAGACAGACGACAACAUUCAUCACGUAGCCAAGCUACUAGGUCUGGACGUCGUAACCCGGAGACAGUAGAACAAAGCACAUUCGCAUCCAGAGGAUCGAGACGUUCAAAUACCAGAAAUACUAAUGAUGCAAGUACGACACCGAGAUCUGCAAGUCGCAGAUCAUCGAAAGGCUAUGACACCGCAGAAAAUACUGCUACUCACAAUAAUUAUCCAGAUAAAAUGCCAUCUCAUAUGAGGGUGAAAAAUGAAGGUAGUACUGAAAAACCAUCAAGUACAACUCCACUGACGGAUGAUGCACCAACUUUGAACACCAGUAAAACAGAGCAAGUAACUGCUGUGGAUAAAUCAUAUCCUUCAGAUAAUAAAGUCACACCAACUAAAUCAUUAGAAUCAAUGGAUCAAGAACCGAGCGAAAAAGUUAUGACAAUUAUUACACCUCAGCCACCAACAGUUGCAACACGUGGUAGGCAACGAUCGUCGUCCACAACAACAGCUUCAUCGGCACCACGCAGAUCACUUUCUCGUCGUGGUCGAGAAAACGAAAGAACUUUAUCAUCUACUACUUCUACAACUUUAACAGACGCACCUAAAAGUUUGCGUAGAGGUAGCGUAAAAGCAGCGGAUAGUUCAAAUUUGAAACGAGAAACUAUUAAUCGUGGACGAGGAUCUGUUAAAGCCAACUUAAAGACAAAUAAGGCAAAUGAUGAUGACGAGGAAGAAGAAUCUGAUAAUUAUCCAGAACCGUUCAAAGCUUUACUGAAAAAGAAAAAGUUGGUAGACGAACAUGGUGAUGGGUCAAGGCCAAGUACAUCGUCUACUAUUACUUCACGAACUAGAGAUGAUCAACAUAGUACAACAGCACCGCGUGUUGGUUCUGAGAAAGUUGUUAACACAAUAAAAGUAUCUUCUUCAACAUCAACCACGACUCCUACACCAGUAUCAAAAUCAUCACGAGUUAAAUUGAAUUCAUCGUCUUCUGGCAACCGUUAUCGAGGUCGAGGUUUCACAUCACCUAAACAAGUAAGUAGCACCUCUACAACCGAAAGUAUUGUAAACGAAAUUUCAGAUGAUCAAUUCUUUGCAACACUUGAGAAAGCAACAACAGUUGCAUCGACACGAUCACGAACCGAUAAUAUAAAAACACGUCGACCAAUUGCAAAUCGAUUUGUAAAACCAUCAACUACAACUACUGAAAAAUCAACUAACGAAAAACAAUAUAACUUUAUUCAACGAAAUAAACCAUUAAGAAGUACGAAAAAAACAACGGCAGCUGACGAAUUAGAUAAUAAUGUAGUUCCAUUAACGAAUUCAGUCGAUUCUACGAUAAACAGUAAAUAUACUACACCGAACUUUAACAAUGCUCGUCAAAUUUCACCAACGCCAGAUAGUACAGAAGGUACUACUCUGUCUCAAAAUUCUCAAAAGAAAACACGUAAUUUUGUACCAAAAGCAAAAGGUUUUCAACCAUCUAAGCAAGUGAUAACUAAUAAUGAUAAUCCGCCAUCAGUGAUUAAUGGGUAUAAAAAGAAGCCUCAAGGAGCAAAAAGUUACAGGAAUACUUACACGACACAGAUACCACAGGUAGUUGCAAAACCAUCUGACCACAAAUUUAGCGCAAGGUAUCGAAGUGAGCUAAUAAGAUCAAAUAACUUUAGAGUAACUAGUACACCAUCGUAUACACCAACAGUUCCAGUUAUUAGCUCGUCACAUCGGAUUGCCAAAAAUGACAUAAACAUAAAUGAUAACGAAACUGAUUUGGAAAUAUUAACAGUUAUUCCUUCUAAUAUACCAAAAUUGUAUUCGGAUAAUUUAGUCUUAGACGAUAAUGCAAACAGUAGUACUACAACCGAAAGUUACAUAUCGACAACGGAAAAAAUCACUAUCAUAACACCAGAAUCAACAUCUAACAUUGCCACAUUACUAACAGUCACAACCACUGAAAAUCCCACAGAAAAACCUAAAUUAACAUCAACCACAGGCAAACCAAUAGCUACAACACAAGUACCAAAGACUACAACCAUAAAAACGACACCCGUACCAUUGACAACAACCACCAUUCGAACGACACCUAAGUAUGCUACAAUAAAUAGAUUGACUACCACUACUUCUACAUUGGCAACCCCAACAACUACAAAGAGAGCUGAAGUUAAACGGCAAGAGGCAAAACUUACAUCAACCACACAAACUACACCUACAACAAUAAUUGUUACGCCAACGACAAUUAAACAAUCCACUCCAACAUACACAACAACGGUAAAAUCUUUUAUAACAGAAAAAAUCUAUACUGCAGAAUCAGCUCCUCCUAAUUUCUUAACUACUUUACUAUCAAAUUACAUAAAUAAUCCAACAGUUACAACUAAAUUCCCGGAAACAACGCGUUCAUAUUCGACUGUAAGUGAAAUUAAAUCAAUUGUUGCUACAACAACACAAUCGAGCACUGAUAAUGCAAGCACAAUGAAGGAUAUUAAAAAGGAGAAUGUUGCACAACAAACAACCAACACAAAAUCAAUUGAAUCCGAAAAUUUAGUCGUAAAAAAUGUGACACCAAUACCUAAGACUACAAGCACUACUUUAUCAACUCCAUCAAUUAUUUCUGCACUUAGAACUAUUUUACAAAAUAAUUUCCCAAGAGCAUCCAGAACUUCGCUUAGCAUAUCAAAUUUAAGCUUACUUCCUAAUACACCACCACCGACUACGACAAUGAAAUCCGAAACACAAGCACAAUUUUCUUUAGAUACUGCUUUUUCUGAAUCUUCAACUAAUUCUAUACCAAUCGAAUCAACAACCGUAACUUCGACAAGCUCAAUUUCUCCAACUUUGACAACUCCAAAACCUACUACAACUCCUAUUCCUUUAACUACACCACAAACUACUUCUGCAAAGCCUUCAUCAACUCCAAUACCUACAACGACACCCCAAACUACUUCUACUUCAACAACUCCAAUACCUACAACGACACCCCAAACUACUUCUACGUCAACAACUCCAAUCCCUACGACUUCUACGACUAGUACGACUUCUUCUAGCACUCUCACUACCACAGAACCUUCUGUAACUACAACUGCACUUCCUUCUUCUUCAUCUUCAGAAAUUUUUACUUCCGCUACAAGCCCAACUCCUUUUACAUCCGCUCCACUUUUAACUUCAUCACCUCCAUCAACUUCUACAUCAAAAAAACCUCAUACCGCAUAUCCUACAGCAUGGGCACCCCCGGGCUAUGUUCCACGAUUUGCAACACGCCCAUCAAUUGCAUUAUUAGGAACAAUGAGUAGUACUACAAUCGCACCAUCAUCACAAAAUGAUUAUUAUGUAUUUGGAAUUUUACCAAAUAAUACAGUGGUACGUAAGAAACCAAGGUUUUUAUCAGCAACUACAUCAAGUCCAUUUAUUAUAUUUGGAAUAUUUCCAAACAAUACAAUUGUUCGAAAAUAUCCAAAUGGAACGAUUGUGCCAGAUGAUGAUAGUUCCGAUGUAGAAAUAACCGAUUUAUCUGCGAAUAAUUUAAAAUAUUCAUUACAAACUGGUAUUAAUAUAACAACUACAUCCAGUGAAGCUACAAAUAAUAUUAUGAUAACAACAUCGGCCGCUUCUACUAGUACUACUACUACCAUUACUAGCGUUAAUACACUUCUGAAUCAAGAAGAUAGUAUCCAAGAUAAUUUAAUUGAUAAUACGGUACGAAAAAUAAGUCCGGCAUCAUUUACAAAUCCCGAGGCGUCGGCUUCAACACAUAUUUUAAGUCUAACUACAACAAAAGCUCCAAGAACAACGGAAUCACUAGAAGUGAAAUCUACAACAAUUCCACCAUUUACGCCAUUAGAACCUAAAUUACCAACAUUGGCAGAAAUCUUAGGACCAAAAGUAGUGGAGGCAUACAAGGAAAUUUUGAAUGAAACACGUGCUAAUCGAACGACAAACGAAAUUGAUACACCAAUUUCAGUCUUUGAUAUAAAUCAAAUGGAAAAAACAUUGAAGGAUAAUCCUGUAAACUUUAUAACGACAAUACGACCAGUAACAGUUAACUGGAUGCCGAUUCAAGGGGUUCCAUUUACGGCUGUACCAGCUUCAACCUAUUACAAUGCAACUAGUUCAUCGACUAGUUCGUCAACAAGUACUUCAACGAGUACUUCAACAACCACCACCAGUAAAUCACAGAUGAUUGAUUUUAUUCAGAAAAAUAGUCCACAAAGUUUUGCACCGACAACAACUCUAUCGUCUACAUCGCAAACAACAGAACAAUUUUUAAGCACAAAAUCUGAAACCAUUAAACCAAGUACAUCCACGGUUCGACAUACAACGCCUCGGCCAACUCGAACACGGCAUAAAACUACAACAACCACAGCAAAACCAACAACGGAAAAACCAACACCAUCCACAAGGCGAACAACUACAACUCAAAGACGUCCAGCUAAAGUUCCUGUGACUACAAUUAAAGUAAUUGAAACUACAGUAGUACCAACAACUUUGAAAACGGUAUCAAGCUCGGUAAAGACGAAGAAAACCACACAAUUACCAAUAAAAGAGCAAUCGAUACAAGAUGAAUUAGCAUUUUUAAAUAGUUUGAGAGAAGCAUCUUCGGUAAUAACGCAGAAACCCAAGAAAGAACAAGAAGAUCUUGCAAGCAGAAUAAUAUCUUUGGCUAUUGGCAAUCAAAACAAACCAACCACAUCGACAACGAAACCACAAGAAUCAUCUAUUUUUAAUCUUCUAGAAGUUCCUAGUUCACCAUCUACAACUACGUCACGUACACCUAAAAACCUAAAAACAAACAAUAACAGUAACAACAAAAUCACUGCUGAAGAAAUUAAAACCUUCCAAGAGGAUUUGCAAUUUUUGAAAUUAUUGCAAGAUUCAGGUUUAGCCGGAACUUUAGGAUCUGUAACUAAAGCACCAGUAAUAAGUACUACAUACGGUAAAUCAAAUGAGGCAUUACUAGCAGCUUUGUUAAAGGAACAAGGUAUUGGGCCGGCUGUUCCCCAGAACAAUCAAUUAUUACAAGACUUGCAAUUAGCAGCUUUACUCGAUCAAAUAGUAACGCCCUCACCAAAACCAAAACCUAAGCCAAAACCAAAACCAAAACGAAGGCCAGUUACUACCACCACUCAGCGACCCAUCUUUGGACUAUUCCAAGGUGUACGCAACUGGUUGGCAGGUGCUUUCAUUGGUCCAGAAUCACAGUAUCCACAACAACAACAAAGUAGGCGACCAUCGUUAGCCGCUGUAGCUGUACGACCUAGGCCACGGCCUGCAACCACAUCAACUGAAGAUCCAUUUGAUGAUGAAUUUUCAGAUUUUGUAGACAUAGCUCCUCAAAAACCAUCUUCUUCAACAGUUAAAACAGUCAAAAAACCAGCAUUACAAUCAGCAGCUUCUCCGAAUAUAUUUUCAGAUGAAUUUGAUGAAGAUGUUACUGUAUUAAAAGAACGCCCAAGAUCCAUAAGACCCAAUACGAAAUUAGAAGAGGUUUCAUCAACAGAGAAACCAAGAACUAGACAACCAAAAUCUAGAAGGAAAACUACAACGACUGCAAGUCCGUUCUUAUUCGAUGAAGAAGAAAUUGUGGAUGAUGAGCCACCACAACAAGUUCGUGGACAAUUAGUCGAUGCAGCCAUUAAUGUCACUAAAGCGUUUUCCCAAUUUUUGGGUGCAGCUAUUCAGGGUGCUGCAACUACAUUCCAAAACUUCUUAAAUUCAGGAACGAGAAACUUUUGGCAAACUUCUGGAUCAAUUGGAUGAAAAACACAUGUUUUGAACUACGAAAUUAAUUAUUUAUGUUACUGUAGACUGACUAGACUUAUUUAUAUUUAUCCAAUGUCCUCUCAAAUAUUUACAUCAACCAUGUAAAUAUGAACUAUCUAUGAUUUUUCCCAAAUAUUAAAUCCAAUGGAUUACAAACAAAAAAGUGGAAAAGUCGAUAUAAAAUUUCUCUCGUAUAAGAGUCACAAAUAUUUCUAAAACUUCUUGUUUUACGAAACAACUUCCUACAGUAUGACUUAAGCCUGUAUUUUUCGAAAGUGGUGUCGAGCUUCGUGUAGUUUGAACUGUGUUUGAACAUUAUAUUCUUUGGAUGGCUAGUCGAAUUAUGUGAAUCUAAUGAACUUUAGUUGAAUUGUGUAUUUAUAAGUUAUUUAAAAUAAUCGAAUUUUGUUAACAUCUUGUUUUUUUAUACUAUUUUUGUUGCCAAAAAACGGAUCAUGAAGUGAUGUAAUCAGAUCGGACGAUUCUCUCUUAUGAGUGGUUUAAAACUUGUGCACGAAUAUUUUUUCUUUUGAAUUAUUUAAAUGGUUCCCGGAGUAUAACAGAAGUAAGAGUAUGUACAUAAUUUGAAAUCGAUCAAGCGAAGAAUAUUCGCAUGUCAGGAAACAAUGGUUGUAAGUAAAGAGACCGAAUUGUCAACCGAGAAUAUUCGUUAUAUUAUAACGAUUUCAAAGUUCCUUUUACAUGAUUCAAAAGAAUAAUUCUCGCAUCGAUUUUACACCCUCAAAAGCUAAGUGAUAUCCGGUUUGAUUGCAAAUAAUUAUGAACGAAUUUAGGUAUUUUUUUAAUUGUAAGUAUGAAAAAAAAAAAAAAACAAACCUAUUAAGA